ACAGCGCGAUUGGGAAAGUUAACAGCGGGAGAAAUAUAAGAUGGUCGACCAACCUAUUAGUUUGAUUUUAAGCCUAGCUUUGAUUGAUUCUGUCACUCAAUUACCAUUAAUUGUGACCGUACACGUAAUAUGACCGCACUGUGUUCGCUAAUGAUAACAUGGCCUUACAAUCACGCGUACAGGCCAUCGGGAUAGAUCUAGGGACCACAAACUCAUGCGUGGCCGUGUUCCAUGAUGGCCAAGUGGAAAUUAUUGCCGAUGAAGAUGGAAACCGGACCGUGCCCAGCUACGUCUCCUUCCACGACGACGACCGGCUGGUCGGGCAGGCGGCCAAGGCCCAGGCCUCGAUGAACCCCAAGAACACGAUCUAUGACGUCAAGAGGCUGAUCGGACGACGGUUCUCGGACAGGGUGGUCAAGAAGGACUUGAAGAACUGGCCGUUCAGAGUGGUCGAGCAGGCAGACACGGGCAUGCCAUUGUACAAGGUCCGCUUCAAGAGAGAGGAGAGAACGUUCUCGUCCGAACAGAUCAGCGCCAUGAUCUUGGGGAAGAUGUGUGAGGUGGCCCAGACACACCUCGGUCUGCCCGUCACAGAUGUGGUUAUCACCGUCCCGGCGUACUUCAACGACUCCCAACGCCAGGCGACCAAGGACGCUGCCCUUAUAGCAGGACUCAACGUCCUGCGCAUCAUCAACGAACCCACGGCGGCGGCCAUAGCAUACGGCCUUGACCUCAACUCCGACGAGCACAAAUACGUCCUCAUAUUUGACCUUGGCGGCGGGACGUUUGACGUCAGUGUCCUGUCUGUGGGCCACGGGAAAGUCUUUGAAACUUUAUCGUCUGCCGGCGACAGCCAUCUUGGAGGGGAGGACUUCGACAACAAAUUAGUUGAAUUUUUUGUUGAGGAGUUUCUAAGAAAAACGAACAAAAAUCUGACCGAAAAUCCCAGGUCAAUCAAACGACUGAAGAUCGCAUGUGAACAAGCCAAACGAACGUUAUCUCUACAACCGGAAGCGACGGUUGAAGUAGAUUCCAUUUUUGAAGGUCUGGACCUGACGACAAAAAUCUCGAGGGCACGAUUCGAGGAAUUAUGCCGGGAUCUGUUCCAAUCCACGUUAACCGCCGUGGAAGUUGCGCUGCAGGAUGCGCGGUUAAACAAGGAGCAAAUACAGGAAGUUGUCUUGGUGGGCGGGUCCACGCGGAUACCCAGGAUUCAGGAGCUGCUGAGAGAGUUCUUCGAUGGGAAACAACUCAACAACUCUAUCAACCCUGAUGAGGCUGUGGCUUACGGCGCGGCCGUACAGGCGGCGCUCAUUGCAGGGGACACAAUCCUACAAGAUGUCCAGCUGGUUGAAGUGGCGCCCUUGUCUCUGGGCGUGGAGGCGGCUGACGGCACCAUGUCGUGUUUUGUCAAGCGGGGGACGCCCCUACCCGUCUCCGUGACCAGCACCUUCACAACGUACGACGAUUAUCAGCAGGCUGUAACAAUACAGGUAUUUGAGGGCGAAAGGGCACUAACGGAAGACAACAACCUCCUGGGUGUAUUUGAACUGACCGAGAUCCCUCCCGCCCCCCGGGGAGUACCUAAAAUAGAGGUGACCUUUGACAUUGACAGCGAUGGGAUCCUGAGUGUAACGGCCAAGGAGUCGGUGACGGGGAAGUUCAACACGGUUGUCAUUAGCAACAAUAAAGGCCGACUGAGCAAGGCAGACAUCAAGCGGCUGAAGCUGGAGGCCGCCCAGUUCCGAGCAGACGACAAGGACCAGCGGGAGAGGGUGGAGCUGCGGGACCAACUCGAGGCUCUCGUCUACAGCGUCAGGCACGCCAUCAACACCAUCACCAUCAACCUCGCCGCCGACCUCAAGAGGCUGCUUCUGCAGACGUGUGACGAGACGAUGACCUGGUUAGAGAGUAACCUUCACGCUUCCACAGACGAGGUCAGAGGUCACUUGGAGAACUUGAGGGGGGUGUGUGAGGGGAUAGACGUGGACUCGCAGCGGAGUAGCUGCAGCUACUACGAUUGACGCAAGUCGUAGCUACAGGCGGUCUAAAGAGACAAUUGUUGUGUAGGACGUUUGACGCAAGUCGUAGCUACAGGCGGUCUAAAGAAACAAUUGUCGUGUAGGAAACUGGGCCAAUAAACAUUGAUUGUGUGUUAACAUGGGCAAUAAACAACAGAUGUGUGUUUAACCUCUUGUCAAACAAUAGUUGUGUGUCUAAAUGCAUGGCAAUGAAUGUAAAACAAUAGUUGUGUCUAAUUACAGGACUAAAUGCUCACGUGAUUUAGCACCACUAACCCUACAUAUUUUAUGCUCUAACUGGGCCAAAAAUAAAUAGUUUAUUGGACUGAUAGUAAUAAAACAGAAAAUCUUUACA